CAUUUCCUCCUCCUCCGUAUGCUAAUCAACACACAUGUUAAUCUCUUAAAAACCUGUCCUGAGUUCCUCCUGUUUCCUCUCCAGGUGGGUUUGGUCCUCAACAGCUUCACCAUGAAGGUUUACUUCUGCUCAGCUCAGCAGCAGGUGUCCAGCAUCAUGAUGGUCUACCUGAAGAACCUGGCAGCCGCCGACUUCCUGCUCUGCCUUUACCUCCCCUUCCGCAUCAUCAACUACGCCAACAGCUCCAUCACCUUCUGCCUGGUCUACUGCAACUUUGCUGACUCCACCUUUUACCUCAACAUGUACGCCAGCAUCCUGUUCAUGGGCUACAUCGCUGCUAACAGGUAUCUGAAGAUCAUCCAUCCAUUAAGAACUCACAUCCUCCAGACAGUGCAGGCUGCCCGCAUCAUCUCCAUGGUAACCUGGGUUUUCCUGCUGGCCGUUAUGACCUCUUACAUCAGCCUGUUGCUCUUCACCCAACAACAGUUGACCAUUGUCCCUGACAGCUGUGAUGCAUUGCAAAGUGACCAGGUCAUUGUGUUCUCCAAAAUCAUCCACAUCUGCUCUGCUGUCACCUUCCUGUUCGUCCUCGUCUCCUUGGUCUUCUUCUACUACAGCGCCUCCCGCACUGUGUUGCUGGCACAGCAGAGGCACCUGUCAUCCUCCAGCUGCAAGGAGCUCAUGAAGUCACGCAAGAAAAUGUUGGUGCUGGUCAGCGUCUUCUGCAUUUGUUUCGUGCCGUACCACCUGGGUCUUAUUCCCUAUGCUUUACUGAGGAGGCAGGGCCCCUCACGCCAGUUGUUGUGCUACCUGACUGAAGUAACCACCUUACUGUCAGUUCUCAACAUCUGCCUGGAUCCACUCAUCUACUUCAUCAACUGUAAGGCCUUUCGGACCAAGCUGAACCUGAAGAGAGUGCUCAGCAGGACCAAGCAAACACCAAGCACAGACACAAGAAGCAACGAGGGGCAGCUGAGCACCAUCAGCAUCAACAACUACUGGUAAAGAAAAACCAGCCAGUUUAAUACUUCAUAUCUUUGUUUUCAUUUACAUCAGAACAUUUAUCCACACUACACUUGCUAUAAUAUUCUCACUGGCCAGACACUCUGGAUUGAGAAGAUUUGUGUGAAAUUUGCAUAUAAAUAUUCAUAUAUAUUGUGUAUAUGUACAUGUGAAAACUGUCCUGAAAAUAAGGUUUGUAAAUGUGAAUUUAUCAAAUGUAAAAAUCUGUUUCACGUGUGAUAAACCUUGCGUGUGUAUGUGUUAGUUUAUCACAUCUGACACAUGUGAAGUUGUUCUCACAUGUAAUAAUUUUUCAUGGGAAAUUCUACAAAAGUAUAAAUAGAUAAUACAAAGAAUAAUGUACUGAUAUUUA